UCCUACUCUAGAGAGCAGGUAAGGUCAUUUAUUUCCUAUCUAGAACAUUCCUAUUCAAGGUAACCUGACACUAUCCUUCCAAGAAUGGUUAGUUGCAUGAGUGAUAAGGCUAGCACUCACCGAGAUCUAGAACUGGGAUACCAAGACCUUAUCAGAGAGGGGAAACUAGUGGCACUACACUGACCCUGUGCUAACGUCCAGACGCCCGUCAGGAUCUCGAUAGUGUUCCCCGAAGAUGCGAGCCAGGGAGACGAGCGUGGGGGACUGUCUUAUAUCAUCCAUCUGCCGCCGACUCGUUUGUAAUGUGCGACUCCGCAGCCCUUGACGAGUUCGUUUCGUUUUCAGAAACAGCACAUAAGCGGUGGUUGUUCGAACCAAUCUCGCCAUACUUCUUUCCGCGAAUAAGAUCAUAACCGUACCAUGGCUCAAACACAUAUCCCCAGCCUGAACGCGACAUCAUUCGAGCACUCAAAAGAAGCCGACAACAAUGCCAGUGUUAUAGGCACGCCGAACUCUGAAGAUGGAGUCGGCGAGGUCAGGUCUCAUGGCCAAAUGUCAUUCCUCCAGAAAAUCCAGGCUUAUUCCCUCCACCUGGACCAGAAGCUACACAUUGAGAGUCGUGGCAUUGACCGAUGCCCUCCUGAAGAUCGCAACCACAAGCUCAACUACAUUGACAUGAUGUUGUUGUGGUUCUCCUGUUCUGCUGUCAUCUCCACGGUCGCGACUGGCUUGCUUGCUGGCCCUUCAUGGUUGGGAUUGAGCGUCACAGAUGGAUUUCUAGCAGUAUUCUUCGGUACUGUGCUUGGUGCCGCCUGCGCCGCUUUCAUGGGCACGUUCGGUCCCAGGACUGGUCUUCGACAGAUCAUUCUUACGCGUUUCUCCUUCGGCUGGUAUGGCUCCAGACUCGUCGCUCUUGUCAACGUCAUCACCGAGCUCGGCUGGUGUCUAGUGGGUGUCGUGGUCGGAGGACAGAUCCUCGCAUACAUCUCCAAUGACUCGUGUCCAGUGGUCGUGGGGAUCAUCAUCUUGUCGAUCUUGUCAUUCGUCGUUGCCGGCUUUGGCUACAACAUUGUCCACUUCUACGAGAGAUACGCCUUCAUACCGGGAUUCAUUGCAACGAUUAUCCUUUGCGCCGUUGGCGCUAAGCACUACGAUUCUGGCGCUCCCAGUUUAUACUCGGGAACCACCCUUGCCGGAAACUGGCUGACCAUGUUCACGAUCUGCUUCGGAUCGGCAUCGGGUUUCCUGCCAAUCGCCAGCGACUACUAUAUCACUUACCCCGACACGACACCGCGAUGGAAAACCUUUUCACUGACCUGGAUUGGUAUUGUUGUGCCCAUGGUUUUCUUUCAAUCAGUCGGAUUGGCCAUCGGUGGUGCCCUUGGUACCAAUGAGGAAUGGGUGGAUGUGUACUACGACCAGGGCUAUGGGGCCCUUAUCGGCACCGUUCUCAAGCCGGUCCAUGGCUUCGGCACCUUCCUGAUGGUCAUUUUCUUCUUAGGACUUGUUGGCAACAACAUUCCAAACACUUACUCGGCCGGUUUGUCGAUUCAAGCACUUAGCCCGAGACUCGCCGUGAUCCCACGACUCAUAUGGACGCUGCUUGGAGUCAUCAUCUACGCAGUCUGUGGAAUUGCAGGCCGAGGCAAUCUGAUGACCAUCAUCAGUAACUUCCUCAGCGUCAUCGGGUACUGGACGAGUGCACUUUUCAUCAUCGUUCUUGAGGAAGACCUCAUCUUUCGUCGCAAAUCUGGCUACGACUUCGAAGCAUACAUAAACCCUAGCAAGCUUCCCUGGGGAGCGGCCGCGGUCAUGAGUUUCCUCCUUGGCAUCGUUGGCGCGGUGUUGGGGAUGAAUCAAACCUGGUAUGUCGGUGUCGUUGCUCGGCAGAUCGGUGAGAUGGGUGGAGAGUUGGGUGUCUUUUUCGUCUUCAUCUUCGCGGGGUGCUCAUACCCAGUUCUUCGAUAUCUUGAGCGUCGCUUUAGCGGCAAGUAGAUCUGGAUUUCGGCACGCUCACGAUCUCAUCGCGAAGUCUUUGCACCGUCUCAAACAUAUGCGCCUCGAUUCCUCGAUAUAGAUGAAGAUCUCGGGCAUGGCGAAUGAGAUGCACUGUUUUCGCAACGCGAUAUUUUCAAAGAGUUCCCACAUGUUUGUUCCGAUCCUGCUCGCUUAAGAAAGUGCUUUCUGAUGACCUCAGCGCUGCGCCUGGAUCUUGACCGGUAAGGCUGCGCUAACGUGGACAGGGAAUGGGCAAACUGGCAUUUCAGACUAUACCCAACCGGGGAAUCAUGG